UAGUCUAGUAUAAACGUAAUGCAGUUUAUACAAUGAUCCAUCAUUCCGCAUUCCACAUUUAGGGGGUCAGAAGGGGGCAUAUAAACAUCCGCGAAUUUUCUUUGCUUUAGCCUGCCUCACUAGCUUGACGACUUUAGAUUACUGACAGCUAACGUUACAUUCUUUCAGACCCUACCGGGGCCUCUUAAAACCGUGUGAACUACUAAUAAACAUGUUAGGAUAUGAAAUGUGUCUGCGUUGCACAAUGUCGUCGAGAUAUGCUCAUAGUUUUGACACACAGCCGAAAAACCCGCCCAGAGUUUGAUAGGAGGCAUCUCUCUGCAAGUGCGAGACAGUCCAGUUCAGAUCCUCUGCGACACACACCAGUCGUCAACAUGCUGAUUUCUGCUCUGGUUAAAGCUGAUCGUCUCGCAGCUCAGAUUGGUAGAAAAUAUGCGCCGUUUCAAGAAAUGAUUGCUCGAACCCUGAAGUCUCAAACAGGCGAUGUCGACUUGCAGAGCGCAAAUACAAUAACUGGGAGAUACAAAACAAAAGAUGAUCUACCGGGACCCAAUCUGGCAACAACUGUAUACUGGCUCUUUGUUAAAGGAUACGCGGAUAAAAGUCAUGCAAUGCAGGUGGAGCAUAAGCGUCUGUAUGGUCCAAUCUGGCGCUCACGCUUCGGCCCAUUUGAUGUGAUAAAUGUGGCUGGGGCUGAUCUGAUUGCACAGGUGAUCCGUCAAGAGGGCCGGUACCCAGUGCGGACCGAUCUGCCUCACUGGAGAGAGUACAGAGACAUGAGAGGACAAGCGUAUGGAAUCCAUGUGGACACAGGCCCUGAGUGGUACCGCAUUCGCAGUGCUCUGAACCCAAAGAUGCUGAAACUGAAGGAAGUCACAGCAUAUGCACCCAUCAUUCAUGAGGUUGUGUCUGAUCUCCUGCAGCGAUUGGAGCUUUUGCGCCUGCGCAGUCCUGACCAGAUCACCGUCAGCGACCUCGCCUCGGAGCUCUACAAGUUUGGCUUUGAGGGAAUCUCCUCUAUUCUGUUCGAAACGCGGUUAGGUUGCUUGCAGGAGGAGAUUCCAACAGACACCCUGCGGUUUAUUUCUGCUGUUAAUGAAAUGCUGGCUCUUUCUGAGACGGUUCUUUUCUUCCCUCGCUGGACUCGUCACAUCUUCCCCUUCUGGAAGCGCUUUGUCCAGGCGUGGGAUGAGUUGUAUGACGUAGCCCGACAUCUGAUUGACAAGAAGGUGAACGAGAUACGGGAUCAGGUGGCACGUGGAGAAGAGGUGGAGGGCAUGUAUCUCACCUACCUGUUAUCCAGCAAUAAACUCAGCUUAGGAGAGGUCUACAUCAGCCUCACUGAGCUCCUCCUGGGAGGAGUGGACACGACAUCUAACACUCUCUCUUGGACUUUGUACCACCUCGCUCGUAACCCAGAGAUACAGAAACGCCUCCACAAUGAGAUCGUUUCUGUGUGUCCGAAUAAAAAGGUGCCAAAUACAGACGACCUGACCAAGAUGCCCUACAUGAAGGCGGUCAUAAAAGAAAUCCUCAGGAUGUAUCCUGUUGUUCCUGGCAAUGGUCGCCUGACUGUGGAUUCAGACAUAGUUGUGGAUAAUUAUUGGUUCCCUAAGAAGACACAGUUCCAUCUCUGUCAUUACGCCGUCAGUCAUGACGAGAACAAUUUCCCAGAUGCGGAGCGCUUUGUUCCUGAGCGCUGGAUUCGAGACAGCCCUUCUCGCUCUCAGCAUCACCCCUACAGCUCUGUCCCGUUUGGGGUUGGUGUCCGGGCCUGUGUUGGGAAGAGGGUGGCAGAGCUAGAGAUGUACUUUGCCCUGAGUAGACUGAUGCAACAAUAUGAGGUCAGAACGAAGGCCGGAUCUCCAUCCAUCCAGCCCAAAACCAGAACACUGCUCAUUCCUUCCCAACCCAUCGACCUGCAGUUUAUCCCUCGCGCCUGACACCAGCAAAGCUCCACUGUACACGUUAAAGGGUUGAAGGGUUAGUUCACUCCCAGAAUGAAAACAUUGCACAUGAUUUUGCCAAGUACGAUGCGACCCUGGAUUAACAUCUCUGUUGAUCCUGGAACAAGUUUUGUUGAAAAAUGUAAUCUAUACCUAUUCCCUACCCAUAAACCUAAUCAUAACUGUAAAUUAUUCACAAAAUCAGAGGGGAGUAAUAGUUAGAAAACAAUCAUGUAGAAGUGCAUAAACCUAACCGUAAGACUAACAGUAAACGUAUCGACUAGUUCUGAUUGGCUGAUUGAGAUUGUUUCAGGAUCCACACAGAUGUUAAUCCAGGAACAUGUUCUACUUGAAAUCAGGUUGAUGUGAAAACGUUACAGGAUUUUUCUUCAUAUAGUGGACUUCUGUGGCGCUCAGUGUUAGUGCUGCAUGAGAUUGUAAAUGUAUGACAGUCCAAUAUUUUGCUUUUCUGCUAAAUAUAUAUUGUGAUAUGAAUGAAUGUUCACCAGAUAGGUUGAACAGCUCCAUUUGAAAAGGAUUUAUUCAUUUAGUUGUGAUUGUUCUGUAGGGGAGGGAAUCAUACAUAUAUAAUUAUAAUAAUUAUAUAAUAAA